AUUUGAGAGACGUAAGCUCCUAGAGGGCAGGGAACCUGGAAUACUGUCAUAUAUCCUACAGCAUCUAGGCCAGUAAUGGACACAAGUGGAAAGUGGAUAAAAUCGUUAAGCACGUGGAUUAACUGAGAUACUUUAUGGGUGUUCUGGAGCUACCUCUCCUUGGUGUGAUUUAGUCCCUGUUUCUAAGAGAAGAAAGAGGCCCCUGACUAGAGGAAGAUGCCUCGGACUAAACAGAUUCACCCCAGAAACCUGAGAGACAAAAUUGAAGAAGCACAAAAGGAACUUAAUGGGGCAGAAGACUCACAAAAAGAAAUCGCAGAGGCUGGCGCAAAAGGAAAUCCCGAGACAGUUAAAGGUGUGAAACGGAAAAAGAUCGUAACUGAAAACCAUCUGAAAAAGAUACCAAAAUCGCCUUUGAGGAACCCUCCUCAAGCAAAACUGAAGCAAAAUAGAGAAGAAACUUCGUCUUUUAAUGUACUUCACAAUGCUUCGGAACAGCUAAAGGAACAGAAUCACUUACCUGUCCAAAAUGGGAAACAAUAUACUGAACAAAAUGGAGAAACUCCUAAUAGUGAAAUAACACUGGAAACCCCCAAAGCUGAGACCGGGCCAUCCAAAAAACUUUCGUACCUGCAACACUCCUUGGAAUUACGUAAAUGGAGAGUCGACGGCUACGAUUCUGGCCAGUUACCAGAUAAGAAGUGCGCACCUAGCUCUCUGGCAAGUAAAGCCAAGACUGACAAUAGUGAAUGUAUUAGUCUUGUUGAUUGUAGUACCUCAUCUUUGUGUACAAGUACCGCGUUCGAUGUCUUGUUGAAAGCCAUGGAGCCGGAACUGAAUACUUUGGCACAAAAGGGCCCCGCCCCUGGGACAAAGACAGAAAAACAGAGACCAAAUAAAAGUGUCAGAUCUCCUUCAAAACUCAAAACCAGUACAAGUGCCACGAACCAGUCUGUGUCCCAGCAAGAAUUUGUAGUUGAAUCACAAUUUUAUCCUUUUACCUCCCACCCUGCACCGGUAUCUUCCACUGAGAACAUCGAAUCCCCACCCAUUCAGUCGGUUUCUCAGUCACACAAUCAGCAAGAACAGUUUAUUCCUAAACCCUGCCAACCUAGUCAACCUGCAGUGUGCCCAAGUUUCACCAGAUCUCUGCCACAUCAAGAGAAUCCCAAACUUCACCAGGUAUACAGCGUGGUAGCAACUUCAUCUCUAAGUAAUACCCCGCCUUCUAGUGCAACUCAGGCUCUUCCACUAAACCAACUCGUAGAUUCCUCUUCAUCUGUGUCUGUAAGUUCAACCAAUUCCACACAGAUUCCCGUAGCUUCGGUCUACAAUUCGGGCCAAGUUGCCUCCCUUGUUAAUCACGGUGUCGAACAAAUGUGCAGUCUGCUUCUGAAAGAUCAGAAACCAAAAAAACAAGGAAAAUAUAUUUGUGAAUAUUGCAAUAGGGCUUGUGCCAAGCCGAGCGUCCUCCUGAAGCACAUCCGUUCACACACAGGAGAACGGCCCUAUCCUUGUGUCACUUGUGGGUUUUCAUUCAAGACCAAAAGUAAUCUCUAUAAGCACAAAAAAUCUCAUGCACACGCUAUCAAACUUGGACUGGUCUUGCAGCCAGACUCUAGUGGUUUGUUCCUGUCCCCUGAGUCUGACAAAGCACUUAGCCUUCAUUCAGACGUAGAAGAGAGCGGCGAAAGUGAUGAUGAAGGCACCGCAGAUGAAAGACAAGAUGAUCAAGGCUCCGUAGAGCUGGAGCCUUCACAAAUAAUGAAGGUGGUAUCAACUGCCGAACCAUCACAGAAAUCUAGUCCCAUUCCAAGCAAUCCAGAUCAUGCACUAGGGGACUCGUCGCUUUCGGAAAAAUGUUCGGAACUGCAAGUAAGGACAACUUUACCUAAAGUUGUAGUUCACACAGUGAAUAUUUCUCCCUUACGGGCCGACAGUCCAAAAGUUUUGGACCCUACUCCUGAACUUGCUCCUGCCACAAAGCCAGGGGACUGUCAAGUCACAAAUAUCAAGGCAAAUAUAACCCCGGUAGGCUCCUUGGAGGCUGACGCGGGGCCCCUCCAUAAAGGGGAGGUGAAUCAGUUAGAGGAGAAACCUGAGCUUCAGCUUGGAAGCACGCAUGCACAACUACAAAGGCAACAGGCUACAGAUUGUUCUCAAGAACAAGGAAAAUUUCUUCUGAGCCCUCGGAGUUUAGGAAGCACUGAUUCUGGUUAUUUUUCACGCUCUGAGAGUACUGACCAGACCAUGAGCCCACCCGCUCCCCUUGGCAGGGCCCUGCCUUCCACCGACAAAGAUACCAAUAAAAUUGUGUUGUGCACAUCCCAUAGUGGUCCAGCAAUGCCUGCUAUCGUACAGACAGUCUGCGCUGAGAAAUCAUUGCUUUCAUCUGGUCAGAUGCGGCCACCUCUUGCCACAAAGACCCUUGAGGAGCGCAUAUCCAAGUUGAUAUCGGAUAACGAGGCCUUAGUGGAUGAUAAGCAGCUGGAUAGCGUCAAACCGAGAAGAACCUCGCUUUCCCGACGAGGCAGUAUCGACUCGCCCAAAUCAUACAUCUUCAAAGAUUCUUUCCAGUUUGAUUUAAAGCCAAUGGGAAGAAGAACUAGCUCAAGCUCUGAUAUACCAAAGUCCCCUUUCACCCCAACAGAAAAGUCCAAGCAAGUUUUCCUCCUGUCGGUGCCAUCCCUUGACUGCUUACCCAUCACAAGGAGCAACUCGAUGCCGACAUCCAGUUAUUCGGCUGUACCUGCGAACAUAAUACCGCCUCCUCAUCCCCUGCGAGGAAGCCAGUCGUUCGAUGACAAAAUCGGCUCUUUCUAUGAUGACGUCUUUGUAUCGGGGCCAGUCAGUUCAUCGCACCCAAGUGGACACCCUCGUACUCUGGUUAGGCAAGCAGCAAUAGAAGACUCAUCUGCCAGUGAAAACCACGCUCUUGGCCCGGCGCAUUCUGUUGACGAAGGGCACCUGGGAUGUAAUGUGUCCAGUGAAGCUCUGUUACCGAGGAGUAAGUCGUUUGCCCCCGGGUCAAAUUUGGAGAAAAGGAAAUCGCAUCAGGGGCGGGGGACGAUGUUUGAGUGCGAAACCUGUCGCAACAGAUACAGGAAGCUGGAAAACUUCGAAAACCACAAAAAAUUUUACUGUUCGGAGUUGCAUGGACCCAAAGCCAAGGCGCCUAUAAGAGAACCCGAGCAUAACUCAGUGGCUGGGGUCACACAGCCACAGAUCCUGCACUACCGAGUGGCGGGCUCUUCGGGGGUAUGGGAACAGCCACCCCAGAUAAGAAAAAGGAGAAAAAUGAAAAGUGUGGGGGAUGAUGACGAGCUGCAGCCCAGUGACAGUGGCAUUUCUGUCAAAAGUGUGGAGGCUUCCCCUCAGAAUACUUCAGGAACUACCAGUUUGCCCAAGCACAGUGCCAUGAUAGCCGGUGGCCAGCAGCCAGCCACAAAUUCUCCAAUUCAACUCGUGGCGAGGGGUGCCGAACAGACUUCGGAGCGAAAGUUGUCACCCGCAGCGGAGAAUCAGGUCGCUGUCAUCGCUCAAGAAAAAGUAGAGUUGAAAAGACAGGGAACUGGAAUUUCAGUAAUACAGCAUACAAAUUCACUGAGCCGACCCAGCUCUUUUGAAAAAUCGGAGUCUUUGGAAAGAAGCUCCCCAGUUGCUCUUCAAGAGACUAACCGAACCGCCAAGCACCCGUCUCAGAAAACAGUAGCAAUGAUCCAAGAGGAUGCACACCCUUGCCGGAAUUCUCCCCAGCAACACCAGCCGGGGCCGUCGGACACAUUCAGAGUGGAAUUUCAGGAAAGAUCAAGGCUGGCUGCCAGUGAGAGGAGCGUUCUCGGGCCGGCUUCGAGACUUGUCCGCCAGCACAACAUCCAAGUCCCAGAAAUACUAGUCACCGAAGAACCGGACAAAGACCAGGACAUCCCAGGCAACGAUCCAGAAAAAGCCGAAAAGUUUAACUGGCCUCAGCGUAGCGAAACACUCUCCAAACUGCCCACGGAGAAACUGCCUCCCAAAAAGAAAAGGAUUCGCUUAGCUGAGAUAGAGCACUCCUCUGCCGAAUCGAGCUUCGACUCCACCCUUUCCAGAAGCCUAAGCAGAGAGAGCAGUCUUUCGCAUGCCUCUAGUUUCUCGGCUUCAUUAGACAUGGAGGAAGCGUCAAAGACGGAGACUGUUGCCAAAGCUGAUGCAGGCAAUAUGAUCCCUGCCGGUUCAAAUACGCUUAGUGUGCCUGGAACCCAUUACAGGGAAAUGAGACGUGCGGCAUCAGAGCAGAUCAACUGCACACAACCGUCCAUGGAGAUCUCCGAUUUUAGAAGUAAAUCAUUCGACUGUGGAAACAUGUCUCCCUCUAAUUCUAAUCCCCUCGUAGAAGUACAGUCUCCAAAGUCAUCCCCCUGCAUUGGCGUUCCCGGACACGUGCCUCUGAUAGAGCGGAGGAGAGGACCGCUCGUACGGCAGAUAUCUUUGAAUAUUGCCCCAGAAAACCAUCUGGCUCUGGUCAGCUCAUCUUCCUUCCAAAAUGUUGCUGACGCAGACAUGACUGCGCUUCCACAGGUCCUUAGGGCCCAGGCCUCAGGGAUACCUCUAGGGGAAUUGGUUUCCAGCCGUCCACCUUCACAGACUCCAGCUAAGGACUCACAGACAAUAGCAGUAAACUCUAAUUCUGCCACCCUACCUCCUGGCCCACAGCUUUUAGGGCUUGCCCUGGUAAAGCAGAAGCAACAAGUGUCCGAACCCCAAAAUUCAGAAGCAUCUCUUAAAGAAGCAAUCCAAGAGGAAGAAACCGACCUGAGCUUGACUUUAUGCCCCUCAUCUGGCAGCGAGGAUUGGUAUGCUCCGAAGUACCAACUUCAGCUGAACGUUGUGCCAGCAAGUCAGUCGUGCCCAUCUCAGUCGGCAAGUGCUUCGCUAAACCAAACUCUAUCAGAUCGAGGCGGUGUGGACCAGUCUAGGGCGUCACUAAAGAUUGCAACGAAAUUGGCUGAUAGCUUGCCUAGUUCUUCGCAUUCACAAAAGCCUGAAAAUAUCAGUGGUCAAGAUAAAAAGUUCUCUCCCUUUGUGGUUCCGGUCCGUAUUCACAGUAAUAUUCCAGCUUAUGGCUUUCCUACUGUUACACCUCUUCCACAAAUCUUAGUGACCCAGGAUCAAAAUCAGCCAAUUUGUAAGACGAAUGCAGUGCCGAUGCCAAUAUCUGAAGAUAAAAUUCCCAUGCCAAAAUUGCACCAAGAUCAACAGAAAGCUAUGCCAAGCCCUCUAAAACAAGUGAUUUAUGAAAAUGCAUUUUUGGAAACCGGAAGCAGGAAUUCAACUGUAUCAGAAUCUCCAAAUGUCCUUCAGAGAAUUCCAGUCGGUGGACUGUUUCCCCAACCAGAAGUUACAGCUUCAAGUAAAAGGAUGCUCUCCCCGGCCAGUAGUUUAGAUAUCGCCAUGGAGAAACAGCAGAAGCGGGCUAAAGAUGAAAAUGGAGCAGCCUGCACAACGGACGUUCGACCAUUGCCACUAUCGAGUGUGAAAGGGAGUGAUGCAAACAAACAGAAGAAGCCAAUUCUAGUGAGACAAAUUGGUACCACAGGGCCCCUUGAAGGUGCCUUAUUGGAGCAGGAAAUUAUUCCUCAGCUUGAAGAUGGCAGCAAGGGUGCUUUGUUGGCUGCUGCUUUUUCAGAAAAGGUUCACCCUGGAGCUCCAGAACCCAUUAAAGAGUUGGAAAACAUUGACUCUUCCACAGCUUCAGGGUUUGAAGUCCAAAUGUCACCUGCCUCUUCUCCAGAAAAUCCUCCUGCUUCUCUUUUAAAGUUGUUAGACCACAGCCAAGGAAGAAAUUCCCCAUUGGUUAAAAGUCAAGGAAAUCAAAUGAAUAUCCAUCUCCAACUAGGAACCACUUUGGUUAGUGCCAGCAACGCUCAGCGACUAUCAUUUCCGAGUCUAAAGACUGCCACAAGUUUCACGUGGUGUUACUUAUUAAAACAAAAACCUUUACACCUGCCUCAAGGUGACCAAAAAAUAUCAGCGUAUUCUAAUUGGACAGUUGGUCCCAAUAAUCCCAAUCCCCUUGGUUUGUCUACCAAGAUUGCCCUUUCCCUGCUCAAUUCAAAGCAGAAGACUGGAAAAUCUCUCUACAGCCAAGCAGUAACAACUCAUGCUAAGUGUGAUGUUUUGGUCUACUCAAGCAAGUGGAAGAGCAACUUGGGCAAGCAGGUAUCAAGUAAUAAAAAAUCUACUCCAGGUGAAUUAAGCAAUAAGGAAGUGGCAGAGACAAACAGCGAGCAAGAUAAAGAAAAUUCCUUAAACAAAAGUGAACCAAGAAGAGUUAAAAUAUUUGAUGGAGGGUAUAAGUCAAAUGAAGAAUAUGUAUAUGUUCGAGGAAGAGGAAGAGGAAAGUAUAUUUGUGAGGAAUGUGGAAUUCGUUGCAAAAAACCCAGUAUGUUGAAGAAGCACAUUCGCACUCAUACAGAUGUUCGUCCUUACCAUUGCAAUUUCUGCAACUUCUCUUUCAAGACUAAAGGAAAUUUGACAAAGCAUAUGAAGUCCAAGGCCCACAGUAAGAAAUGUGUGGAUUUAGGAGUCUCUAUAGGCUUAAUAGACGAUCAAGAUGUCGAAGAAUCUGGUGAAAAGCAUAGGUUUGGUUAUGAGAGGUCGGGAUAUGAGGCUGAAGAUUCUGAUGGUCCAGAUGACGACGACAAUGAGAACGAAGAGGAGGAUGAAGACAGCCAAGCUGAAUCCGUGAUCUCGGCCACUCCGUCAGUCACUGCAAGCCCUCAGCAUCAUUCAUCUAGGAACAACCUACAGGAAUCUACAAGUGCCGACGAAGACCUCAGGCUUUCAGAGGGUUUUUCGGGAGUUCACGCUGACCCUAUGGAUAUCCUGCCCAAAGCACUUCUGACCAAGAUGACCGUGCUCAGCGCCGUACAGUCAGACCAUAAGAGGUCGAGGUCACCCUUAAUAACCAGGCAGUUAGAUCCAAAAGAUGGGAAUAGUCAAGAAAGGACAACCAAUAUCGAUUUCUCUAGGUCACCUGAAGCUGCUUCCAGGUCUCCGUGCAAUCAGAUGUCUGUAGACUAUCCCAAUUCGGAAGUCACUUUGGGGAGUUCUGCAAAAUCAAAGCUUUCAGCAUUAACACAGAGCACACCUCCUCUGGGACUUCCCUCCUUACCGGUAGGCCAGAGCACUCAGUCUGCGAUGGUGCUUUCUUCAGGAGCCCCACCCUACCCCGAAACCCAAGAACAAAAGCAGCAGAUAUCUCUCCAGUGCACCCCAGAAUCACCAUCUCCUCAGACUCAUCUGUUUAGCCACCUUCCCUUGCACUCACAGCAACAAGCCCGGACUCCAUACAGCAUGAUUCCAAUCGGGGGGAUCCACGUGGUCCCCGCUGGCCUGGCGACCUACUCCACAUUUGUACCGAUCCAAGCAGGGCCAAUGCAACUGACCAUCCCCGCAGUCAGCGUGAUUCACAGAACUACAGGGGCUGCCUCCGGGGAUUCAGCCCCAGACGGGUCGGGCGUGCCUAGUUCCAGAGGCAUAGCCGAAGUCAACAGCGUGGUGCCGUGCAUCCCCAUUGGCCAGAUUGGUGUGCCGGGCCUCCAGAAUCUGAGUGCGCCAAGCCUACAACCUCUCCCGUCCUUGGGCAUGGAGACAGUAAACAUUUUAGGCCUCACCAACACGAAUAUCACCCCCCCUUUGCAUCCUCCGGGACUGACGCUGAACGCAGUCGGGCUCCAGGUUCUGACCGCAAACCCUUCCUCCCAGAGCAAUCCCAGCCCCCAGACCCACAUUCCAGGCCUACAAAUACUGAACAUAGCACUGCCGGCUCUAAUCCCUUCCGUCAACCCGCUCGCGGUAGAUGGGCAGGGGGGAGCGGAAGCCCCAGCCGACCGAGGCAGCGCAAGUGAAACUCUCCCAGAACGGGCCCCGGCGACCUUUCCCGGAGCGGAUGCCGGUCAGCUCCCUGGUACUCUCUCUCCUCAGGGGUCCCCUUCUGUCCAGCGGUACAAUAGCAAAACCCCACCAGAGCCCACUCCUUCCAGGAACCGGGAGCGGCACGGACAAGAAAGGGUUGUCGGCCCAAGUCAAAUGGACCCAGAAAAGGCUGAAGUCGUGCAUCACGUGAAGCCAAAGUGCGACUUUUCUCCUGUGCAUGGCAAGCAGGUUUCCACUUCGGAGCCACUAUUAAAGGGGCAUCCUGAAGGUCUGGCAAAAUCACCAGGCUCCCGAACUCUCUCUGCAGAUAGGCAGGUACUGAGGCCGGCGGAGAGGCCCCGAAGGCAGGUAACUGUACAGUUUAGUGAUGCCAGUAGUGAUGAUGAUGAAGACAGACUUGUAAUAGCAACUUAGGGAUUUUUUUUUUUUGGUUUGUUUGUUUUUUGUGUUUUUUGUUUUUUUAAAAAAAUAACACUUAGAGGUUUGGUUACAAACCUUCCCUUCUUUAAAGCACAUUUUUUCUGACACAAACUCAUUACUGAUAUUCGUGCAAUCAUGAACUCUUGACCAAUAAUUGUCGUUUCUUGUCAGCUCCGGCCAGUUUUGUACAUGUUGUAUAGACGAUUGUGCCUUUUGGGAGUUUUAUGUUUAGAAAACUGUACAGAUUGUUAAAUAUAUAUAUAUAAAUAUAUAUUAUAUAUGUAUAUUCAAAUCAGGUAGUUGCUUGUGUUUAGUAAGUAAAACAUGUCAAAUAAAUCAUAUGAUUAAAUUAUAUGUUGCACUGUUAAAUGUAAAUUUUUAUGGCUGUGGGGCAGAGUUUCUGUGUACAGAUUAGUAUGUAAAACUCCAUAUUUAUUGUAUCCAUAUGAGUCUUGGAAAAUGGGUCUGUCCACCUUCUUGUGUAAAACUAGCUUUACACUUCAAACAGAAUUUCUCUGUGUUAUGAAAUGUUCCAGUAAAGUUUUGUUUACUGACUUUA